CACAGUGCCACGCACUGAAGACGAGCUUUCCAGAGCAAGGAAAUCAAUCUUCCGCUGUGUGCAACAGGCAGCUUAUGCAAGUGAGAUCAAGGCCAUCAACAAGGGAGAAGACCUUCCUAGGGUCAGCACCCUCAGGAAGCUAAACCCCGGGAUGGACAAAGACGACUUGCUCAGGAUCGGUGGUCGGCUAGGGAAUGCAAAAUUAGAUGAGAAUGAACGAAACCCCCUCAUAAUCCCAAGCCAGAGCCACAUCGCAAUCUUACUCGUGCGCCACUACCACGAGAAGGUUAAGCACCAAGGUCAGCACUUCACAGAAGGAGCAAUCCGAUCUGCAGGGCUGUGGAUCGUUGGAGCAAAGAGGUGCAUCGCCAGCACAAUCCACAAGUGUAUCCGGUGUCGCAAGCUACGUGGAAAACAGGAAGAACAGAAAAUGGCAGACCUCCCAGCCGAUCGACUCAGUGUGGAACCUCCCUUCACCUCUGUAGGGAUUGACGUGUUCGGACCGUGGACAGUCAUCUCCCGUCGCACCAGAGGAGGGCUCGCGAACAGCAAACGUUGGGCAGUGCUGUUCACCUGUAUGAGUACACGAGCAGUGCACAUCGAAGUCAUCGAGUCCAUGGACUCUUCGAGCUUUAUAAAUGCACUCCGGAGGUUCUUCGCCAUCAGAGGGCCAGCCAAGCAACUCCGUUCUGAUUGUGGAACCAAUUUCAUAGGAGCAUGUAAAGAGCUUAAGAUCAAUACGGAGAAUGUCGAAGAUUAUUCUGUCAGGAAAUACCUUAGUGAUCAAGGCUGCACAUGGAUCUUCAAUCCUCCCCACUCUUCGCACAUGGGUGGAGCCUGGGAACGCAUGAUCGGGAUUGCUCGACGCAUUCUCGACUCCAUGCUAUGUGAUGUCGGGUCCACACGGCUCUCUCACGAGGUCUUGACCACUCUCAUGGCCGAGGUUUCAGCCAUAAUUAACUCAAGACCCCUGAUUCCCGUCUCAACCGACCCGGAGUCACCAUUCAUCUUGACUCCUGCUACACUUCUUACCCAGAAGACAGAUGUGCUCACAGCACCUACCGAGGAGGCCAGCACUGCAGACCUCUACAGACGUCAAUGGAGACAAGUGCAGAGCUUCGCGAACACGUUCUGGCAUCGCUGGAAAAACGAGUACCUUACGACACUCCAAGUGCGCAACAAGUGGCAGUCUAAUAGACCAGACAUCCAAGAAGGCGACCUCGUCCUACUGAAGGACAACCAAGCCAAACGGAAUGAGUGGCCAAUGGGCCGCAUCCUCAAGUCGAUUCCAAGUGCCGAUGGAAAAGUUCGAAAGGUCGAGGUUAUGAUUGCGAAGCAAGGUGUCGCAAGAACUUUCAUCAGGCCCAUAGUCGAGAUAGUACUACUUCUCUCUCGCAAAGAUAUGGACAAAUAAGUCGACCCGUUGAAGUUGUUAUACACUUGUUUAUGAGAUAGGAAAUAAAUGGUGGUAUCUCCUAGAUACCAGACGGGGAGUGUCUUGCCUCACGGCAGAUGGGGAGCGUACGUUAACAGGAAGUUCCUGUUUUUUGGUGCUAAUGUUGGUCACGUGACCAGGAAGUGACGAUGUCAGAUUUCCACUGUACCACGCGGGCGUCAGCCAUUACACAUAUAAGUCAAGAUGGCGGCACGCAUCGCAUCUCAGUGAGACCACAGCCGCACUUAUCCA